UCAGUGUAGCCCCAGCAGUGCCACAUGUCAGUGCCCAUCAUAGCCAGCUGUCGGUGCUCAUCAAUGCCACAUAUCAGUGCCUACCAGUGCACAUCAAUGCCACAUCAGUGCCCAUCUGAGCUGCCUUUCAGUGCCACCUAUCAGUGCCAGUCAGUGCAGCCUAUCAGUGACAGUCAGUGCGACCUAUCUGUGCCAUGCCCAUCAGUGAUGCCUAUCAAUGCCCAUCAGUGCCUCCUCAUCAGUGCCCAUCACUGCAGCCUCAUUAGCGCACAUCAGUGAAGGAAAAAAAUCACUUAUUUACAAAAUUUAUAA